AUAGACCAAACGCGUUGUUAGUCCAUAAACCUUCUCAAGGUUUCCAAGAGAAACUGAAAACCCAUGAAUUCUUCAACUUCCACCUCUCGGAUCCCAGAGGAUACAGUUUUUUACGCAAUUUAUCCAGAUGAAUCCUCUUCUUCUAAAACCCUAAACCCUGAUGAUGGAACCAAUCAAGAAUUCUUCUCAUCAUCUUCUUCAAUUCACUCUCUUCAUCUUCAAAUACUCGAAAUUGUUUCUCCUUACACCACUGACUAUAUCUGGCAACACGAACCUUUCACUCUUACUCUCUCGAACCCUGAAAUCCCUUCUGAAACUCCUCCUUACUUUCAUGGAAAAACCAAGUACGGUGAUAAUCUUGAAGAUGAAUGGUUUAUUGUAUUUCUUCUCUUUGAAAUUUCAAGAAAAAUCCCUCAACUAUCUAUUCAGGUUUGGGAUACUGAUGGAGAAUUUCUUCUAAUUGAAGCUGCGUUUCAUCUGCCUAAUUGGUUAAACCCAGAAACAAGCAAGAAUCGAGUCUUUAUCAGAAGAGGUGAGCUUAAUAUUAUACCUAAACAGACUUUUCCUUCAAACCCCAAAUUGAUUGAUGCUUUACACUAUAUAGGAGGAUUACAUGAUGAUAAAAAAGUUAGGGCGCCAGAACCGAUUCAAUUAGCGAUAAGGAAUAGAAUUUUAGAGUAUCCUAAUAGAGCUAGGUUGAAUAUGCAUCAAGUUAGGGUUAGGGUUCCUGUUUCUAUAGCCAAGGUUUUGAAAUAUGAACCUUGUUUGAUUUCGCUAGCGGUAGAGAGUUUUUAUGAUAGAGAUGUUGAUUCAAUGAAAUAUGCUGCUAAAAUGGAGAAAUUUGUAAGUGCUGGAACUAGUGAAGAGAUUGUUAUGGUUUCUGUUAGAUUGUCAAGGGCAAUGUAUGCACAAUUAGUUCAACAAACUUUUCAAGCACCCAAAUGUUAUCCAAUGCCGUCUAGAAAUGAUGCUUCUGUUUAUGUUGAGGCUGAAUUGGGUAUGAAAAUAGCAUGUGGGUUUGAAAUGAUGUAUCAACAAAGACGUCAUGAAAAUUUGGAUGGCAAGGGAACUAGUACUUGGGAAGCUUUCAAGGAGACCUUUGAGGGUAGUGGGUAUUUUAAACAACUACUUCCUGGAUCAAAAGAAUAUCGUCGACUCAUGGAAAAUGUUCAAGAAUAUUAUAGAAGUAGUUCUUCCUUUUCUCGGGCAAGUGAAAUGAUGAGUGCUCCAGUUAGACGUAUUGACGAAAUCUUUGCUUUGCCCCACUCCUCUGAAGAAUUUAAGGGUCUUGAUCUUCCUCCUUCAGAUAACGAUGCUUGGCUUUAUGAUGGUGAAGAUGAGUUAAAAUUGGCCAUGGCAAGGAGAGAGAAAGAGUUGGAACUCUACGAAGUAAAGCAAAAAAAGAGUCAAAAGGCAAAAGAAAAGAAGGAUGCAGAUUGUUCUGCUGGAAGUGCCGUAAAUGACUCUGAUCUUGGUGAUAUUGUAAAUUCAAUGCAAUCAUUUGUCCACAAGGUUUCGAGCUAUGAGGGUGCAGAGGUUCCUACAAACAGGAACUCAGACAUGGUGGAUCUGGAUGUAGAACGCUUUAUGAAAGACAUUGAAUCUGUAAUGGGUAGAUUUGGCGGCCGUGAUGAUGCUGAUCUCGAGGAAGGAUCUUCUUCAGAUAUGGAGUUUGAUGAAUCAGAAGAUGAGAGUGAUCUUUCAGAAGGUGACGAUGCAGGGAAUACUUUUAUGGGCACUUACUCUGAUGCCCUAAAUGAGGAACUAAAGUCUACUACUCUAAAGAAAAGUUUUGUCCGUGCAAAUGCACAGCCAUCUAAAACUACUAAUGAGGGAUCAUCAUCGUCAAAUGUGGAAAUGGAAGUGGAGGAUGAGGAGUUGACACCAAUUGAUGUUGAUGUAAACUUAGUGAAGAGCCUCCUUGAUUCUUUCUCUUCUCAACAAGGCCUUCCCGGGCCUGCUUCCAACUUGCUUGGUCUCAUGGGUUUACAACUCCCUCAACCUGAAGAUGAUGCUACUACUCAUGCUGCAAGCAAGAAGGAUGAUAAAUGAACCCUCUACUUCUUAUACUUGAGCCGAAGCUCAGGACAAAACUAACUAGUGUAUGUAGAAUCAAAACUGUGGCAAGCUAGUCGUCGGUUUUCAACUACCAUUUAGCUUGUGUUGGUGUACUGUCAUAACUUCGUUUUGAGUUUUCACUCUGUGCAAUUAUAUCAAAGUAGUUAUGUUUUAGAGAACAUGGUCUUUAGAGUGGUAAAGCAUGUCCAGUGGUGUUCUCUCAACCUCUUUUACUGUUGUCAGUUCUGCUUUGCUUUUGGAUUAUAAAGGCCAAGUCUGGAUUAACUCUAGGGGCCAUGAAAACGUUUAUAAUUUUCUCAUGAACCAAUCACCAACUAACAAUAUUUAUUUCCCA